AUGGCUGUAUAUGUGUGGUAUUAAGUUUUCAUGGAUGGGCCAAUCAGUUAAGUCAGACAGUCUUAAAAUUUUCUAGAUUUCAAAGAAAAAGAAGUCAAACUCACAUCUGAUAACUUCUAGGUCUCAGUAUCUUUACCAUUUACUCGUGAACACAGAUCAGCAAUGAAUAUAAUGAAAUACUUGAACUUUAGAGGAGUGCUUAUAAAUAAGGACGAAGAUGGAGAGGAGGCUGGAUUUCAUAAUUUAGACCUGUAACCAUGUGCUGAAUAACAGUCUUUGAAGACAUCCUUUGAGAUAUGCUUGAAUGUAGAAAAAGAUAUAAAGUUUCAGACAGCCAAUGAUGAGAUCAAAUUGUAUUUUUUCAAGUGUGACGACAAUAUUCUUUGGAAAUAUUAUCCUAGUGAAGUGUGCGAAACAGAUUCUUAAUUGAUUCAAAAAUUUGUUGAUAACUACUUUCUUAUGGUUAAAACUAAAACAAUCUUCUUUGAUUCGAAGGCAACAGCAGAAAGAGAUAAUGACAAGCCAGAAGAUUUCUUUAAGACUCAAGUCAUUAGCAGUAACAUGAGCAUGGAUAGUGGAUCUACAGCAGUAAUGAAUUUUAUUCUGAACAGCAAAAUUCUUAAGGGCAGUACAUCGUUUUUGCAUGAAAGUCUCUUUUAUUUUGAGAGGGAAUUUAUGAGUUCUAAAAUAUAGCUAACUGAUAGAGUUCCUUCUAGAAGUGAUUAUUUAGAGAUAUCUUUCUAGGUGCAAGGAGACUAGCAAGUUGUUGAAAUAAUUCCGAAUAAUAUUGUAGCUAUACUUUCUAACCUUGGUGGCUUUAGUGGAAUUAUCUAUUCUAUAGUCUAGAUGAUUCUUGCUCCUCUGUAAAGGUUUGUAUAUUACAAAAAAGUCAUUAAAAAAACAUAUCUAUAUGAUGAGUAGAUAUUUGCAAGCUAGGGUAAUGAAAAUGCAGGUAAUAAAGUUAGAAAUGCUGAGAAUGAAUAUAAUGAAAGUGAUCAAGGUGAUGAAGGAUCAGAUAGGGGAGAUGGUGAUGAGGGAGGAGACCAAUGA